AAAAAAAAAAAAGCUUUUUUUUUAACUUGGAUUUUUGAAUCAUGUCAAGUAACUCGACGAUUCUCUACAAUAACCUUAAGAAGGAAUUUAAUUCACAAAAUCCAGAUUUAAAAAAAUGUGGAGACUAUCUAGCUAAACUCAAGAUCGCAUUAUCUAAAAUGCAGCUUUUGCUUCCGGAAGGGGAUGUAAAAAACACAGAGGAACUUCUUAUUGCGCGUGAUAUUUUGGAAAUUGGAGCCUACUGGAGUGUUCGUGUUAAGGAUAUACCAUCGUUUGAAAGAUAUAUAGCACAAUUAAACACCUAUUACACUGAUUACAGUUCUUUGCUUCAGCCUUCACAAGCAAUGUAUCCUUUAACAGGAUUAAAUUUAUUGAGAUUAUUGUCACAAAAUCGAAUUGCAGAAUUUCAUACGGCAUUAGAAAAUAUUGAACCGGAACAACUUUUGGAAAGUGUUUAUAUUAAACAUCCUGUCCAUUUAGAACAAUAUUUAAUGGAAGGUAGUUAUAACAAAGUUUGGAAUUCAAGAAAUGAAGUACCUGCACCCGAAUACCUGUUUUUUAUUGAUAUUUUAAUGGGCACUAUCAGGAGUGAAAUUGCCAGUUGCAGUGAGAAAGCUUAUUCUUAUUUACCACUGGCCGACGCUGCUACUUUGUUAUUUUUUAAUAAUAAUACUAAUGAACUUUUGAAUUUUGCAAGUGAACGUGGAUGGAGUGUUAGCCAAGCUGAAAUGAAAAUUUAUUUUACUACUAAAGACGAUGAUCAUGUUGAAAUACCUUCGGACAGUAUUAUAAAACAAGCACUUCAUUAUGCUAGAGAAUUAGAACAAAUUGUUUAAAUAAACGUUUUUAAUUAUGAAAUGAAUUUUUACAUUUUUCUACAUUUUUUUACAUAUAUUUAUUUGUUUAAAUUGCUGAUAUUGCUAAAUUGUUUAUUUCCAAAAUAAUUCAUCAAAGACUAGUGUAACAAACAAUUAAUACUUCUAGAUACGCUUACAACUCAACUUUCAUUCCAAUGUUCUUCUAAAUGUUUUUUUAAAUCUGGAAUAAAUUUUAUAGAUUUCGCAUCACAUAAAUGACAUUUUAAUGGUGAUUUCAAUAAAUCUUCAUAAUAUGCUUUAUUAAACUAAAUAAUUCAAAAAAUUAAUGUCAGUUUCACUUCUUAAGCAAUAAAAAAAAAAA